CAAAAUUAUAGAAAAUGAUAUCUAUUUGAGAUACUUUGUGAUAAAGAUGAGAGGAUGGAUAUUAUUAAGCAUAUAAAAGAGAUAUUUUUUUUUGAAGCCAAGCAUGCUUAUAUCUCACUUUGUGCAGAUUUCAAAUGGCAGUAGAGGGAAAUUGGGGGCCAUCAUCACUUUUGUAUUAUUAUUAUUUUAUAAAUUCUGUAAAAAUAUAGUCAUAUCAUAUCAACUGCAGUAACAGUCACACAACAGCAUAAUAAAUAUUUAGCAAAUAGAAUAUUUCAAUACAACGAAAAAUUAACACAACCCUCACCAAAUCUCAGUAAUCAGUAUAGUAAAAGAACAAUGGCUAUCGGAGAAGGCGCCGACCAGUCUACACUGUCGGGCGGCGUGACCUUCAGGCUCCGGUGGGACGUGUUUCUGAGCUUCAGGGGUGAAGAUACGCGCGAUAACGUCACUAAAAGCCUCUACGAGUCUCUCGAGAAGAAAGGCGUCCGAACCUUCCGAGACGACGAUGGCCUCAAUCGUGGGGAAGAGAUCGCUCCCUCCUUGCUGGAGGCUAUCGACGACUCGGCUGCCGCCGUUGUUAUCUUUUCGAAGAGGUACGCCGACUCUCGGUGGUGUUUGGAAGAGUUGGCCAAAAUUUGCGAAAGCCCUAAUAAGUUGAUUCUGCCAGUUUUCUGCGAGGUCGCUCCUGGAGAUGUCCGGAAACAGAUCGGACCUUAUGAAAAAGAUUUUCAACAUCACGAGAAGAAUCGAUCACCCGAAUUGGUAGAGCGUUGGAGGAAAGCCCUGAACAAGAUUGGAAAUAUUUCUGGAUGGGUUAUCGACAAUAGUGAAAAAUCGGAAGUAGUUCGACCAAUAAUUCAAUCUAUAGUCGAAGUUGUAUUGCGAGCAAUCAGCAAGACGCCGAUGGGUUUGGCUCCGUACACUGUUGGACUUAAUUCCCGCAUUGAAGAGGUCAUGGAAAAGUUAGAAGUUAAAUCCAAUGGUGUUCGAGUAUUUGGUAUGCAUGGUAUGGGUGGGAUUGGCAAGACAACUCUUGCCAAAGCUCUUUUUAAUAAACUUGUUGGCCACUUUGAAUUACACAGUUUCAUAUCAAAUGUGAGAGAAGUUCCAAAUACUGUCGAAGGCCAAAUAUCUCUUCAAAACAAGCUCAUCGAUCAUCUUUCUGGCUGCAAAAACCCUCAUGUAAGUGACCUUAGGGAAGGUCACACUGCAAUCAAAAUGGUAGUAAAUGAAAAGCGGGUUCUUGUAGUUCUUGACGAUGUUGAUAAUGUUUGCCACCUACACGCUCUAAUGUCCAAAAAAGAUGUGUUCUAUGAUGGGAGCCGGAUUAUAAUUACCACAAGAGAUAUAACAGUGUUAGAAGGUUUUGUGGAUUUGGAGUAUGAGGUCAAAGUCUUGGAUCAACUUUCGGCAUUGGAACUCUUCAGUUAUCACGCUCAAGGAAGAAAGAAGCCACGAAAUAAUUUUGAGAAUCUGUCUAAUCAAAUCGUGUCUUUAACUGGGCAUUUACCAUUGGCCUUGGAAGUAAUUGGUUCUAUGUUGUUUGAUAAGAGGACAAUUAAGGAGUGGGAUGAUGCUACUAAGAAAUUGAAAGAGAUUCGUCCUGAUAAUCUUCAGGGUGUAUUGGAGGUAAGUUACAAUGCUCUAGACGAGGAAGAGAAGUGUAUAUUCCUAGAUAUUUCAUGCCUAUUUGUGAAUAUGGGUAUGGAUAGAGAUUAUGCAAUUGAUGUAUUGAAGGGGUGUGGUUUUGACGCUGAGAUAGCAAUCUCCAAACUCACAACAAAAUCACUCAUUAAAAUUACGCAAGACAACACUUUGUGGGUGCAUGACCAGCUUAGAGAUAUGGGACGACACAUUGUUAAGCAUGAAAAUGUAGUUGAUCCUUGCAUGCGUAGCAGACUUUGGAAUCGUGAGGAGAUCAUGACUGUUUUACUUGAUGAUAAGCGAACAAAAGAUACACAAGGAAUUGUCUUAGACUUCAAGGGGAAAAGCAUAGUGAAGGAUGUUUCUGGUGGAAGAAUAUCGUGGAACAACUUUCGAAGUAACCCCUCUUUUACUAAUGCAAUUACUUACUUAACAGAAACAUUUAAAGACUACCAACAAGGUCAAGCUGAGAAGAAGAGAGAGGUCAAAAUUUUUACUAAACCCUUUGAAACAAUGGUCAAACUUAGACUACUCCAAACAAAUUACGCCAACCUUGAGGGAGAAUUUAAGUUCCCUGUGAGCCUAAAAUGGCUACAGUUGAAAGGGUGUCCUUUGACAUAUCUCCCAUCUGCAUUUUGUGCACUGGGACUUUCCGUCCUUGACCUUUCAGAUAGCAAAAUGAAAAGAGUUUGGGCAUGGUACACCAAAAACAUGGCUGACAGUGUAAAGGUAUUGAACCUUCGUGGUUGCUCUAACUUGGUUGCUAUUCCCAAUUUAUCUAAGAAUAAGAAGUUGGAAAAACUUAUUCUUGGAAAUUGUGUAAGCUUGACUAAGAUUGAUGAAUACAUAGGGAAUAUGAGCACAUUGAUUCACUUGAACCUAAGAGAUUGUUUAAAUCUUGUUAAACUCCCAACCGAUGUCUCGGGCUUGAAGCAGCUUCAAAUUCUUAUCCUCUCUGGUUGCAUAAAAUUAAAAGAAUUGCCUGCAAACAUAAAUAGCCUGAAAUCCUUGAAGGAACUUCUAGUUGAUGACACUGCAAUAGAAAAACUGCCUGAAUCUAUCUUUGGUCUAACACAACUUGAAAAGCUCAGCUUAAAUCGUUGCAGAUAUUUAAAAAGAUUACCCCAUUGCAUAGGAUGUUUGUGUUCUUUGAAAGAUUUAUCCCUUAAUAAUUCUGGGUUAGAUGAAUUGCCAGAUUCCAUUGGAUCAUUAGAAAACCUUGAGAUUCUAAGUGUCAUGUGGUGUCCAUCGUUGACUUCACUUCCUGAUUCUGUUGGAAAACUCAAGUUGUUAAGAGAACUUCUAAUUUUGGCAAGCCCAAUCACUGAACUACCCGUUUGUAUUGGUACAUUACCAAAUCUUAAGCAGUUUUCACUGGGGAAAGGUCGAUUGUUAAGUACAUUGCCUCAUUCAAUUGGAGGACUAAUUUCUCUUGUUGAACUUGAUAUAGAUGAGACAUCAAUCACGCAUCUACCUGAUCAGAUUGGAGCCAUGAAAUCACUAAAGAAGCUAAACUUGUGGAAGUGUAAAUCUCUUAGGUCACUACCAGAGUCCAUUGGCAGCAUUUUGUCUCUUACUACUUUGACUAUAACUGAAGCUGAAAUCAUAGAGCUACCGGAGUCAAUAGGUAUGUUGGAUAACCUCACAAUGAUACGACUUACUAAUUGUAGGAAGCUCCUCAAGCUUCCAGCUUCAAUUGGGAAUUUGAAGUUCUUGUAUCGUUUACUAAUGGAGGAUACUGCAGUGACUGAAUUGCCUGAUAGCUUUGGGAAACUCUCAAGCUUAAUAGUAUUACGCAUUUCAAAGAAGCCUCAAGUUGUUGGACUAUCUAAGAAUAAUGAACCAAACACAUCAAUGAUUUGCAGUUCACAAGAGGCACGUUUCUUUCCACCUUCUUUCUCAAAUCUGUCCUCGUUAAGUGAAUUGGACGCUCGUGCUAGGAAUAUUUCAGGAAAAAUUCCUAAUGAUUUUGAGAAGUUGGUAUUAUUAGAGAUUCUAAAUCUUGGGCACAAUAGUUUCUCCAGCCUUCCUUCUAGCUUAAAAGGUCUUUCAUAUCUCAAGGAACUACUUUUGCCUCAUUGCAAUGAACUAAGAUCCCUCCCUCCACUUCCUUCAAGUUUGCGUUGGGUGAAUUGUGCACACUGCACUUCCUUGGAAAAUAUUUCAGAUAUCUCAAAUUUGGAAAGCUUAGAGGAACUGAAUCUUACAAAUUGUGCCAAAGUAGAGGAUAUUCCUGGCCUUGAAUGCCUGAAGUCUUUGAGAAGGUUAUACAUGAAUUGUUGUCAUAAUUGUUCGUCAAUAGCUAAGAAAAGACUUGCUAAGGGUUGGUUGAGGAAUAUAAGGAAUCUUAGCAUGCCUGGAAGCAAGAUCCCAAAUUGGUUUUCUCAAGAUGUGGUUACAUUCACAGAACGCAAAAACCGUCCUAUCAAAGGUAUAACUAUAGGCGUAGUUGUUUCUCUCGACCUUGAAAAUCAAGAUGACAUGAUACACCUGCUUCCUGGAAUAGUUGACAUACAUGUAAGGAUCCUCAAACAAGACUUUCCCAUAUUCACCACAGCUUUGAACUUGGGAGGAAUACCGAAAAGAAGUGAGGAUCAACUUCAUUUGUGUCGUUUUUCAAAUCAUCAUCCGUUGGUUGCCCAAAUGAAAACUGGAUAUAAGUUACUUGUAACAACUAGAGAUCCACCCAUAAUGAAGGGGGUUGAACUAAAAAAGUGGGGGAUUUGUAUUGCUUAUGAGGAUGAUGAUGAUUACGAGGGAAAUGAAGAAUAUUUGAGUGAAAUUGGUCGAGAAUCUAUUUCUGAAAAGUUAGCCAAGUUCUUCCACACCUAUGAAGAAGAGGACAGUGAUUCUGAAUUCAACACAAGUAAAGUCCAAAAGACUUCCACAACACCACACACAACGUCUUCAUCUAAGACAAAGUAUCUUCUCCCUAUUGUUUGUUCUUUUCUGCUUGUCGGGUUCAGUUGGUUUUAUAUGUAUACAUAAAAUAAACCUACAAAUACUUCUAGUCUCUCAUCUUUUCACAUGAAUUAAAUGUCUCUGUAUAUCAUUUAUUGAAAUUCGGUGCGUUGGAUUUUU